GGUAACUUUUGUCUUUGACAGAGACCAUGGCCCAGAGGGAAUGGACCCCGAUGGCGUCAUUGAGAGCAAUUGGAAUGAAAUUGUUGACAAUUUUGAUGAUAUGAAUUUAAAAGAAUCUCUUCUCAGAGGAAUUUAUGCUUAUGGUUUUGAGAAGCCUUCAGCUAUCCAGCAGCGUGCUAUUAUUCCAUGUAUCAAAGGGUAUGAUGUGAUUGCUCAAGCACAGUCAGGUACUGGCAAGACAGCCACAUUUGCUAUUUCCAUCCUGCAGCAGUUGGAGAUUGAUCUCAAGGAGACCCAAGCACUAGUUUUGGCCCCUACCAGAGAACUGGCUCAACAGAUCCAAAAGGUUAUUUUGGCUCUUGGAGAUUAUAUGGGUGCAACUUGCCAUGCUUGUAUUGGUGGCACAAAUGUUCGUAAUGAAAUGCAGAAGUUGCAAGCAGAGGCCCCACACAUUGUCGUGGGAACCCCAGGACGUGUCUUUGACAUGCUGAACAGACGUUAUUUGUCUCCUAAAUGGAUCAAAAUGUUUGUCUUGGAUGAAGCUGAUGAAAUGUUGAGCCGGGGAUUUAAGGAUCAAAUCUAUGAAAUUUUCCAGAAGUUAAGCACAAAUAUACAGGUUGUGUUGCUCUCUGCCACCAUGCCAAUGGAUGUGUUGGAAGUGACCAAAAAGUUUAUGAGAGAUCCCAUUCGUAUUCUAGUGAAGAAAGAGGAAUUGACUCUUGAGGGUAUCAAACAAUUCUACAUUAAUGUGGAAAGAGAGGAAUGGAAGCUGGAUACUCUGUGUGAUUUGUAUGAAACCUUGACCAUUACACAGGCUGUUAUUUUCCUUAAUACAAGGAGGAAAGUAGACUGGCUGACAGAAAAAAUGCAUGCUAGGGACUUCACUGUCUCUGCUCUUCAUGGUGACAUGGACCAGAAAGAGCGAGAUGUUAUUAUGAGAGAGUUUAGAUCAGGAUCAAGCCGUGUCUUGAUUACUACUGAUUUGUUGGCUCGUGGCAUUGAUGUGCAACAAGUAUCAUUAGUAAUAAAUUACGACUUGCCGACCAAUCGUGAAAACUAUAUUCACAGGAUUGGCCGAGGUGGGCGUUUUGGCAGGAAAGGUGUGGCUAUAAACUUUGUCACUGAGGAGGACAAGAGGAUCCUUCGGGAUAUUGAGACUUUCUACAAUACUACAGUGGAGGAAAUGCCAAUGAAUGUGGCUGACCUCAUUUAAUCCCUGGGAUGAGAUGUUUUUGGAAUGCGGUGCUCGCUGUUGCUGACUAGGCGAUCCACAACGUGCAUUGUGCUUCUUUCUUGGGGGAUACAUUGAAUCUUGUUUCAAUGCUCAUUACGGAUCAGAAAUAUAGAUUUUUGAUAAGCAAAACGACAUUUUGUCGUGAGCUUUUGUGGGGAGAGCCUUUGGCUUUCUCCUCUUUAGGGUUUAGACUGUUGGGGUUGGGUGGAAAGUCAUGGGGUCUGUAAAUUUUUCCUUUAUUAGAAAUUUAUUUCCUAGUUCUGUAGAAGUGGUAGUACUAGAUGUUCUUUAUCAUUUAAUAAUUUACUUAUGGACUAAAAGGUAUAAGUGCUGUAUAAAA